AGAUCACCUAUCCGCUCCUUCUCGGCCUCGUCCUGCCUGCAAGAGAUCCGCGAUAUCGCCAGCCUCCCCGAUAGGAUCAGCCCGGUGUACCACGAGACCUCGGUGGGGCUACUCACCCUCCACUGGGGCCAGACGCCCAGGAAUAUCCUGCUCAUUCCCAAGCUCCACGCGCCCAAGGUCGUCCAGGAUGCUGUGCGCUUUGCCUGCCACCUGCACGAUAACUACCCGGGCAUCAACGUCGUCUUCGAGAGCCGCAUCGCCGACCGCGUCCACCAUGCCUUGCCGUUCCCCAUCUACUCGACGGCUCGCAGUGACCCUUCCACCCAGUUCCCCAACAAGAUCGACCUGGUUACCACCCUUGGCGGCGAUGGUACCAUCCUACGCGCUGCCAGCCUUUUCUCCCUCCAAUCCAGUGUGCCGCCCAUCCUUUCCUUCAGCAUGGGCACCCUGGGCUUUCUAGGCGAGUGGAAGUUCGAGGAAUUCAAGGACGCCUGGACCCGUGUCUACGCCAGCGGUGACGUUCCUGCCUCUGCUAGACCCAAGAUCCUCCUGCGCCACCGCCUCAAGGUCGGCGUCUACGACGAGGAGGGCAAGAACAUCAAUAGCCAGCUCAUGCCCACCUCUACCGCCGAAGCCCACCAGAGGCUGCGCCUCAUGCCCCUGAGCGCCGAGCAGGAGGCCGCCCUGGGCAUCCCGGGCUGGGAGCCCCCCGUCAAGGUGCCCCCGACCUUCCACGCCGUCAAUGAGCUGCUUCUCCACCGCGGCGGCCAGCCUCACCUCGCCAUUAUCGACGUCUUUGUCAACAACCACUUCCUAACCGAGGCUAUCUGCGACGGCAUCCUCGUCAGCACCCCAACCGGCUCUACCGCCUAUUCCCUCAGCGCCGGUGGUGCCAUCGUCCAUCCACUGGUCGGCUCUUUGCUCAUCACCCCCAUCUGCCCCAGGAGCCUGAGCUUCCGACCCCUCGUGCUUCCCCUGGACACCAAGGUCGUCCUCCGCCUAAGCGAGAGGAACCGAGGUCGCGAGCUCGAGGUCAGCAUCGACGGCAAGAGGCGCACCGGUGCGAGCCCGGGCAUGGAGAUCCGCGUACAGGGGGAGACCAUCACGAGGUCGGACGAUGGGGGCUGGUCGGGCGGUGUCCCCUGCGUCAUCAGGGACCAUCACACCGAUGGCGCGGAGCCGGCAGCUGGCGAGGACGACGAUGAUGGUUGGGUUGGGGGCCUCAACGGCCUUCUUAAGUUUAAUUAUCCAUUCGGA